AUGUCUGACGUCGGCUUUUAACUUACGUGUUAUGUUUAUCGUUUUAUUUAUAAAGCAUUCUAUUCCACUAACUUAAAAUGAAAAUUCUAUUCAUUUUAUUUAUUUUGUGGCAUAUAGUUUACUGUGAUGAGCAUACACAUACAUAUAAAGAUGGAGAACAAGUGGUGCUAUGGAUGAACACCGUAGGCCCGUACCACAAUCGCCAAGAAACUUACGCCUAUUUCUCUCUUCCAUUCUGUGCGGGCACAAAAGUAACUAUUGGUCAUUAUCAUGAGACUUUAUCUGAAGCUCUUCAAGGCGUCGAAUUAGAACUAAGUGGCUUAGAUAUUACCUUCAAAGAUAAUGUACCAGCACAACAAUUUUGUGCCAUUGAACUCGAUGAACAAUCGUAUAAGGCAUUAGUUUAUGCUGUUAAAAAUCAUUAUUGGUACCAAAUGUAUGUGGAUGACCUUCCAAUAUGGGGUAUCGUCGGAGAAAUAGAUGGUGACAAUUACUACAUUUGGACCCAUAAGAAGUUUGACAUUGGAUAUAAUGGAAAUAGGAUAGUGGAAGUUAAUUUGACUGCCGAAAAUAAAGAACGACUCGUGCCGAAUGCAAAAAUUCCCUUCACAUAUGAAGUAAAUUGGAAGAAAAGCAACAUUAAGUUUGAAGACAGAUUUGAUAAGUAUCUUGACCCUAAUUUUUUUCAACACAGGAUUCAUUGGUUUAGUAUCUUCAAUAGUUUUAUGAUGGUUAUAUUCCUAGUAGGUCUUGUAUCAAUGAUACUCAUGAGAACUCUUCGUAAAGAUUAUGCUAGAUACUCUAAAGACGAUGAUCUUGAUGAUUUAGAGAAAGACUUAGGUGAUGAGUAUGGUUGGAAGCAGGUGCAUGGCGACGUUUUUAGGCCGGUGCCUCAUUUGGCAUUAUUUUCUGCACUUGUAGGAGCAGGACAUCAACUAACUGUAGUCACACUAGCAGUUAUUAUUUUUACCAUUUUUGGUGAACUCUAUACUGAAAGAGGUUCUUUGCUAUCAACAGCUAUAUUUAUUUAUGCAGCUACUUCCCCAGUCAAUGGGUAUUUUGGUGGAUCUUUGUAUGCUAGAAUGGGUGGGAGGUUGUGGAUCAAGCAGAUGUUACUCUCUGCUUUUUUGUUACCUGUGCUAGUAUGUGGCACAGCUUUCUUCAUAAACUUUAUAGCUAUGUACUAUCAUGCAUCGAGAGCUAUACCUUUUGGCAGCAUGAUUGCAGUAAUGUCAAUCUGCACUUUUGUGAUAUUACCACUUACUCUAGUUGGAACAGUACUUGGGCGUAACCUGGCCGGUCAGCCUGAUUACCCGUGCCGCAUCAAUGCUGUACCUAGACCUAUUCCUGAAAAGAAAUGGUUUAUGGAACCUUUUAUAAUUAUCAUCAUGGGAGGUAUACUGCCAUUUGGGUCUAUAUUUAUUGAGAUGUACUUUAUCUUUACAUCAUUUUGGGCAUAUAAGAUUUACUAUGUGUAUGGGUUUAUGUUGCUAGUCUUCUUGAUUCUCAUGAUUGUGACGGUGUGUGUGACUAUUGUAUGUACUUACUUCUUGUUGAAUGCAGAAGAUUAUCGCUGGCAGUGGACUAGCUUCCUUUCUGCAGGCAGCACAGCACUGUAUGUGUAUCUCUAUUCAUUCUACUACUUUAUAUUUAAAACCAAGAUGUAUGGACUAUUUCAAACAACUUUCUAUUUUGGAUACAUGGCCUUAUUUAGUUUAACCUUGGGCAUCAUUUGUGGCACUGUUGGCUAUAUAGGAACAAGUAUAUUUGUGAGAAAAAUAUAUUCAACUGUUAAAAUUGAUUGAAUAUAUCAAAAUCAUAAAAAAGUAUUAUUUUAAUUUUCAUUUGGUUUUGUCAGAAUGUGUAACUAGAGUAUUGUGGUGAUAACCAAUAUAAGGUUAUGUGAACCAUUGAUAUAUAUAAUAAUUGCUCCCAAUAAUGUUGUGGUACUGGUCGUUUUGUUUUUAUUUAAUUUUUUAUGUUUAUGGUAAUGUUCUUCUAGUUUACUUCUGAAUGUUGUGACCAUUAUGAUGGAGAUUGAAAUCAACCUUUUUUAUUAUUUAGAAUGCGAGGAAAUAACAUGUGAUUGUUAUAAUGUGCUAUUUAUAAGUAUAUUAGUAAUAAUCUAUUUCACAAAUAUCAUGUGUGUAAUUGAAAAAGUUGUUUGAUUGUCUUGCAUAUACAUACCUAUAUCUUACAUCCUAAUAUGUAAGUUUGUAAAUAUAAAUAUUAAUCAAAUUCCUAAUAUAGUAUAUCUAAGUAUGUAUCAUGUUUAUGAUGUUCAUCUUUAUGAAGAUUACAAGCUUAUAAAGUUAAAAAAAUUUAUCACAACCUACAAUGCUAUUACUGUUCAUUGCUAAGUCAGUGUUGUUGAAACAUUUAGAAAAAAAUCUUAAGACAUAAUCACUUUGUAAGUAAUACAUAGAGUAAUUUAAAUUAUGUAAAUAUACACUAGAAAUAGUUUCAACUGAAAUAAUUAUAAUGCAUUAUUUUUUAUUUAAUUUGUGUGGUAAGAUGAAAAAUAUAUAGAUGUGUAUGCCAUCCAGGUUUACUGUAUCUUAUUAAAUAUUAUCAAAAAUAAAGGUGACUUAUGUACAUGAAA